AUGCUCACUGCAUGCCCUCAGAUGCCCAUGCUAACUGCCUGCCUUCAGAUGCCCAUGCUAACUGCCUGCCCUCAGAUGCCCAUGCUCACUGCAUGCCCUCAGAUGCCCAUGCUCACCGCCUGCCCUCAGAUACCCAUGAUAACUGCCUGCCCUGAGAUGCCCAUGCUCACUGCAUGCCCUCAGAUGCCCAUGCUCACUGCCUGCCCUCAGAUGCCCAUGCUCACUGCCUGCCCUCAGAUACCCGUGCUAACUGCCUGCCCUGAGAUGCCUAUGCUAACUGCUCCCAUCUCAAGAGAGGACACCUACAGCCUCGUGCCCGUGAACCUGAGAGCCGCCAACCGCCUUCAACCUUGGCUAUGCUUCCUGCGCUCUGGCGCAGCCACGUUCCUUCUCCUUGCCCUGCUCGCUGAGCUUGGAAGGCUGCAUGCCCGCCUGGAUUCUGACGGGGUAUUCCUGCAGGUCACAGUUCCACGGAAGAUAAAGUCAAACGAGAGUGAAGGUUUAGAGAAGCAGGUGAUUUAUAUCAUUACAAUUGAUGAAAACUACACUCUGCAUCUCAGAAAACACUCAUUCUUAUCCCAGAACUUUUUGGUUUAUGCAUGCAAUGAAAAUGGAUCUUUGCAUGCUGAGUCUUCAUAUUUUAAGAUGCAUUGCCAUUACCAAGGAUAUGUUGCAGAUUUUCCAAAUUCAGUUGUGACACUCAGCAUCUGUUCUGGACUCAGGGGAUUCCUUUAGUGUGAAAAUAUCAGCUGUGGAAUCGAGCCGUUGGAAUCUUCAGCAGGAUUUGAGCACAUAAUUUAUCAAGUGAAAAAUGACAAUCCAGACAUACCACUGUUAUCAGAAAAUUACAGCAAUAUUUGGCAGAAAGACAAGCCCUACAAGGUUCAUUUAAGCUCACAGGUAACUGUGAUGAUUCUGAUGUUAUGACAUACUAUGAAAUUACUUCUGUAGAAUUUUGUUAAUAGUGAAAAGGAACUAAGCUGUUGAGCAGGAAUAUUGAGUUUGAUAUCUUCUUUCUAUACCUUUAAA